AUGCACGUAUCUGAUUAUGAAGCCCUUUCGCAAGAGGGAAGCAGCACUUCGCACAAUAAUGCGUCGACCAGCAGCCACUAUGCUGAUGAGAUGGAAGCCAUGUCCAUCAAGCCGGAGGCAUACUACGGGGAGGGACCGUUUGAUCCCCCUAGCUCUGACGACGAGGCCGACGAAUUGCUGGAGAAGACAGGUAGUAUCUCGCUAGGCAGUGCCGAAAAUGCCAGCAGAGGUAGAGAUAGAGACGGUGGCCUUUUAUUCUUCGGAAAACGACCUGCGUCUGUCCGAGUUCUGGUUACGUCUCUCGUGGCUCUUGUGACUUUGGCUGCAAUCAUUGGUAUAUUUGCUGCGCACUCGUAUACAGGGACACCGUUUCGUAUCCAUGGUACGAAGCAUAUUACCAUGGACCAUGUAUUCAAUGGCACGUUUUCCGCGAAGAAAGGUGGGAUAUUGUGGGUACCAGAAGCCGGCGAUGGCGUUUUUGCCACGUCGAAGGAUGGCUUUUUGACUUUGGUAGAUUUGAAGAGCAAUACCACCCGACAUCUGGAACACGGCCACAUUCUCCCUCAGUCGUCCUGGAAGCUCUCUGCGGACAUGAGAUACAUGUUGUUGAAGGCGGACACAGUCAAGCUGUGGCGGCACUCUAGCUAUGGAAAUUAUUAUAUCCAUGAUCUGCAGACUAAGGCCACUUGGCCACUCGUUCCGCCGACUAAUCCUGCUGUUACUACGUACGCGACAUGGGCACCCACCGGACAAUCUAUCGCGUUUGUCAUGAAUAAUGACAUAUACGUCGUUCAAUCCCCCUCGCCCUCAGCUGCUCCAAUCCGUGUCACUACAAGCGGCAAUGCGUCAAUGUUCAAUGGCGUUCCUGAUUGGGUUUACGAAGAAGAGGUUUAUUCGGGUGAUUAUGCUCUUUGGUGGUCACCAGAUUCAAAAAGCAUCGCAUUCCUCAGUCUCGACGAGACCGCCGUGGACGAAUUCACGUAUCCGAUAUACAAUCCAACGGAAAACUCGUAUGCUGUCGUCCCGUACCCGGAGCAGGUGACUAUGAAGUACCCCAAGCCUGGUCACAGUAAUCCUCUGGCCUCAGUAUAUAUAUUCCGACUCGAUCAGUAUCUUGCAAAUGGUGGAAAUCACGCACAAACUAUUGCGACCACUUCGUUCUCGCUCGACUGGGAUGGCAAAUUAGAUCCCACAAAUAGCAUCAUUAGUGAAGUCGUAUGGGUAGGCAACACUACGCUUCUUGUCAAGGAAGUGAAUCGCGCGGGCAACAAUGGAUCUGUUGUGUUGUUCAACCUCGCUUCUCAACCAAAAGGACGCGGACGUGUUGUUCGAAAGCUUGGGAAAGACGGGGAACAAGGAGACAAUGGAUGGAUCGAUGCGGAACAAAGAGUCUACAGCAUCCCCACGAACAUGUCGCCAGAUGGCCAUGCUUCGUAUCUCGAUAUUGUACCCACGCCCGAAGGUUAUAAUCAUAUCGCCCUCUUUAGCCCUGCAGCAUCUAGUACACCCCGUUUCUUGACUUCGGGUCCAUGGGAAGUUACAGGAAAUAUCUUGGCUGUUGAUGUGAAGCGCAGGCUUGUGUACUUCCAGGCAGCAAAUCCACACUCUCUUCAACGUCAUAUUUAUUCAGUGCCAUUGCCCGCGAUAAGCUCAUCCGGAAAGGUUGAGCCUGCUGCCCUGACAGAUGUUUCAAGCCCAGGAGUUUAUAGUGCACAGUUCUCCCCCAAAGCUGGCUUCUAUCUCUUGUCGUACAAUGGCCCUCAGCCGCCCUGGCAGAAGGUCAUCGACGUCAGUGGUCAGGGUCGGGAUUUUAUUCUCACUGAGAAUCCUCAGCUGAACGACACAUUGGCGCAGUUUGAGAUGCCUGUCGUUACGCGCUCGACUAUAGACAGUGACGGCUACGAGCUGAAUGUGAUUGAGAUACGCCCACCUAGGAUGGAUAACACAGGACGGACAAAGUAUCCAGUUUUAUUCAGAGUUUAUGGUGGCCCCGGAUCCCAAUUAGUCAGUCUAGACUACUCUCAUGAUUGGCAUGACUAUCUUGCCUGCUCUCUGGAAUACGUUAUCGUCAUAGUUGAUGGUCGAGGGACUGGAUACAAGGGGAGGAAGCUGCGUAAUCCGGUGAAGGACAACCUUGGGCACUGGGAAACUCAGGAUCAGAUCAAUGCAGCGAAAAUAUGGGCCGCCAAAUCCUAUGUUGAUCCCAAACGUAUCGGGAUUUGGGGCUGGUCUUACGGCGGUUUCAUGAGUGCUAAAGUCGUAGAAGCUAAUGCCGGCAUACACACUUUGGCCAUGGCAGUUGCGCCGGUUACAAGCUGGCUUCUCUAUGAUUCCAUUUAUACAGAGCGGUACAUGAAUGUCCCCAAGACAAAUCCGAUGGGUUACGUCACUGCUUCCAUCUCGAACGUGACUGGAUUCCACCACACUGAUUUCCUCCUUGCUCACGGAUCUGGUGACGACAACGUUCAUUUUGCUAAUUCUGCGCACCUGUUAGACAUGUUCACCCGCGAACAUGUCAGGGGAUACACGUUUAGAAUGUUCACAGACAGUGACCAUUCCAUACAACGGCGAGGAGCAAAUAGAGAGCUAUACGAAUACAUGACUGCAUUCUUAUUGCAAAAAUGGGGUAAAGGAGGGAAGCGUAGAAGCUGGUGA